AUGGCCCGGGAUGGACCAGGUUUCUUCCAAGGCGAUGGGGACUGGGAUCUGCUCAGCUACGUCCGAGGUAUGGCGAACUUUGAAGGAAUGACGGACGAUGAUGAGGCUAGAGCACAAAGAUUGAAAGAGCUCAAUGACGGCGAGUUUACCGACGUCUUCGAUGAGCUGUACCAGGAAUACAGGGAGUACAAAGCCAGCAAGUCCAUGUGGAACGAAGAUGGAGAGAGGGCGCUCGUUCUCUUCUGCAUUGUGGCCAUGGAGCUCGGGGUCAUCUUCACCAAGAAGCAGCUCUAUCUCUUGCGAAGUGUUGCUCGCGAUCUGCCGACGGUGUUUGAGCAGAUGUUGGUGGUAGCAGCAGCCGACGAGUACAAGAACAACGGAACGCCAUGGGUCAUGGAGAGCCAUGUCGACUAUCCCCACGUUCAAAGCUCUGGGAGACACUGGGACAGCGACUUUCUCGACCCAUUCGUCUAUCUAAGUGGGCCUGGGUAA